AUUAAAUGGGAUUAUUGAUUGCAGUUGUAAUGUGUUUUUGUUGUUGGUUUAUUCUAGCUUGGCUAACCGUUAGCUAGUAUGACCACAAACAAAACUCUUAAAUUUUAGCUUUUUGAAAGUAGCCACUUAUUGAUGACGAUAAAAUAGGUCUGCAGUGAUUUACUUCAGAUAGCCCGUCCAGAAUGUCCUACAUCUUCAUCAACGACUCUCUGCAGACCACCGUUCCUCUCCUGCAGGCCUGUAUUGAUGGUGAUGUAGCUCACGCUAAACGUCUGCUCGAGUCGGGCUUUGACCCCAACACACGGGACUGCCGUGGACGGACCGGUCUGCACCUGGCCGCUGCUCGGGGAAACGUUGAGAUUUGCCGUCUGCUGCAUAAGUUUGGUGCUGAUCUGCUUGCCACCGACUCCCAGGGCAACACCGCACUGCACAUGUGUGGACAUGUUGAUACCAUCCAGUUUUUGGUGUCCAACGGCCUCAAGAUUGACAUCUGUAAUCACAACGGAGCAACUCCACUGGUGUUGGCCAAGAGACGUGGGGUAAAUAAGGAUGCGCUCCAUCUGCUGGAGGGACUGGAGGAGCAGGAAGUGAAGGGCUUUAAUCGUAGCUUACAUUCCAGUCUGGAGAAGAUGCACAUGGCUGAGAAUGAAAGUGCCAUGGAAAAUCACUCUCUUCUCAACCCACACUUACAUCACAGCGAUGGCAUGCUUUCCAGCUUCCGAACCACAUGGCAGGAGUUUGUGGAGGAUCUCGGUUUCUGGAGAGUUCUCUUACUUCUCCUUGUUAUCUGUCUGCUGUCACUUGGCAUUGCGUAUUAUGUUAGUGGGGUCUUACCGUUCACAUCGAAUCAGCUGGAGCUUGUGCAUUAAGUUAACAUUUUAACUCAUUUGAAACAAGAUAAUAAACUUGGUCUUUCCAUAGCUAAUGAUUGUUCAUACCGUUACUGAUAGUGUAUAACCACACUUCUACAAAUUGUCUACAUGCGUUCUGUGAUUCAACUGAAAAACCAAUUGUGUAUAUUAUUGUAAAUAAUCCUUUUAAUGUGCUACAAAAAUGUAAUUUCUUUAUACAUUUCACUUGUUUUAAACGAUUCUUGUAUUGUGUUCUGCAUACUCAUGGUUUUGUUUUCAAAGCAGCUCAUUUCACCACCUUUUCAAAUAAUUCCUCUCUUGUUAUGGCCCAUUUUGUAAUGAUCUAAGAACACUAAGUAAUGUAAUUUAUUGAACUUUCGCAUUAAAAGUUAUGUCUGUAAAAA